AACGAACAUCGUAAUACGUCAUACGAAAAUAGCAUCAAGUCAAAGAUGAAAGUUAUUUUUAAUAUUUCUUUAAAAAAAUAAUAGAAUGCAUUGUAUUAGAUUUUAAAAUGAAGUUUAUAUACACAUGUGAAGUGCUAUACUUCUCAAAAGAUUUUUAUAAAUCGUGAAAACAUUGAAGGCAAAGCUUACUAAAAUUAUGAUUUUAUUAAAGCAAACAGUUAAAUAUUCUCGAAUAGGAAGCAAAGUAAUUCCAAGGACUGUCAAGGGGUGGGCUAGAGCAAAUAAGAAUGGUGCAUCUCGAGGUAACAGGUGUGCCACCGUACCCUCAUUCGUUAACAAUAAAUGAUCUACCAAAUGAAUUACUUAUAUACAUAUUUUCUAUGAUUGAUUUUGAAUCACUGCUGGCGGUGGCUAAAGUUUGUGUGAGAUGGCAACAACUCUGCUUGACACCUUGCAUAUGGGAUAACACACGCCUCAUUGUAUGUAUGAAGAAUUAUGUGAAAAUAAGUGAUAGCAUUGUGCCAUUUGUGGCUAAAUAUUUAAAAAAUGUAAAAUUACAGUACUUCAAAUUGUAUUCACAAGUCAGGUCUUCCCUUAUUAGCUACUGUCCAAAUCUGACACACUUAGAAAUAAGUAUAUCUCAAGUUGAUAGUUGUAUUUUUGAUGAUUUAGGCUAUUGGCCUAAUUUAAAAUUUCUAAGUUUCCGCAACUCUCUGAUAGUACAAAAUGCUGAAAAUGCAAAUGGUAAUUUUGUUUAUCACCUGCCAUUUGAGAAGUUGAAGUAUUUGGAAACACUAAUUUUAUCCAAUUUUGCAUUGACCCAUGGCAGCUUAUACAGUAUGCUACAAUGCAUAAAUUUAGUAAGUAUUAAUAUGGAAAAAAUGAAGAAUAUACCUGCAGACUUCCUCGAAUCUUUGCUAAGAACUAAACAAAACACUUUAAGAGCUCUGCAUAUUUAUGGUGAUACAUUGAAUGAUGAUAUAAUUGCAUCAAUAUCUAAAUGUAAGGCAUUACAAGUCUUACACAUAAUGACCUGCAAAACAUUGUUUGAUUCUAGUUUAUUACAUUUCUACCGAUUAAAGAAUUUACGGUCCUUAAAAUUACGCCAUGGAUAUUUCUCAACAAACGCUUUACUGGCAUAUUUUUCGAAUAAUAUAUUCCAGCACCUAACAUAUUUAAGUCUUUCAAGAUGUCACCAUGUUACUAUGCAAGUAGCUAAAGUCAUAAAAACCAGUGCGCCAAACUUAAAGGAACUCUCAUUCUAUUUGUGUCCAUUUAUAAUAGGUCCAGACUUCAAAAGAGGAGAAUUACAAAGAAUGUUCAAAAUUGAAUUAUUACUCGAUUAAUUAAAUUGGUCCAUAUUUCCAUAAGCAGCUUCGUUAUCCGUCCCCUUGACUAUACUAUAAUAUACAAAUUAGAAGUAUUUCUUUCAAUAAAUAGUUAAUUUUCGUAAAUGUUUUCACUAAAAUUAAUAAAUCAAUUUAAGUGUUAAUAAUAAUUUAAAUGUAAAUAUCAUUACAGUGAUUUCAACAUGUUCAUUACCUAAUGAAUUAAUCUAAAUUAUUAGCUGUUCAAUUGAGUCGCUUUGUUAAUCAAUUACGUGAUGUAUGUAAUGUAUUUUUUAAUUUUAUAAUUAUUUCUUGGUAAAACAAAAAUACCCAAUAUUAUUUCAAAAAAAUAAGUUUAUUAUUUUAGUAAAAUGAAUGCCGAGAUGUGCAAUAAUGAUGCAUGUGACAUAAUAAUAGUGUUAUAAGAUAUUUGCAUACACUGGAUGCGUGGAUGUUGUGUUAAAAUUUUGUAAUACUGGAUGAAAUUAUUACUAAUCCAAAUUAUUAUAAAAAUACUUCAGUAUUUAAAAAAUAAUGAGUAUUAAGAAUGUGUUAAACAACAAAUAAUAAUUUAUGUAUGAUAUAAAUUUACAUGUAUAGAAAGAUGUAUAGAAAUGUUUGCAGUUCCGCCUUGUCUGUAAUGUCGAUUUAUCACAGAAACUUUGAAAGAAGUUUGAAUAAAUUAUGUAUUAGAUUCAAUAACAGCAUAAUUCUCCGUCAAAAGUAAUAUGUGCUAAAAAGUAUAUAUUUAAACAGUCAGCAUGUUUGGUUAUGUUUCUGUGAUAAAUUUUAUAGUCAAAUAAAAUUCAAGUGCCUUAUAAAGGAAAAAAAUAUGUAAUAAUCAAUUUUAUAUUGGCCUAAGUAAUAUACUUGUUGCUAAAAUAAUUGGUUUAUACAAACCAGAAAAAAUAUACUUUUUAUAACACAUAAUAAAAGAAUAUUAUGGAAUUUACCACAUAUAGUAUUAUAAUAUUAAUACAAAUCUUAAUGCAGUGUGACAUUUAUUAGAAAUUGUAUUAAAUAUCCUUUAAAAUUAUGCUAAUAAUAAACACUUUCUUGACUUAAGAAAAAACCCACUCGAAUCAAUUAGUCUGAUCAGUAUAAAAAGUACCUUUGUAAGUUUUUUAUUUUAUAAUAAAAAGUCGAAACACGGAUGACUUAAUCCGGAAAAUCAUUUGUAUGCUAUGAGUUGACCUCAGUAUUUUAUGUAUUUUAAAUUGCUAAUUUUAUACGGUAGUAUUCAAUUGUACAAAACAAAAACUAUUUAAAUUCCCAAAUUUGACGUUUUAACGAAAUUUAGUGUCUACUUAUCAUCUUGUGUGUAUACAAUUUAAUUAUAUAGUUAUUUCGUUUGUACUGUUGUUUAUCGUACACACAAUAAAAUGAAAUUUCAAAAUGACUAAACUUUUUAAUGUAAAACAAAUAUCUAUAAUAUUUUGUUUCCAUU